AGAAGAUUAAGACACCCACACAUAAAGUGGAAGAGAAGAAUUUCUUUGGAAAACUAGGGGCACUUAGCAGCUCAGUAUUUCAUAAUCAUCAGACUGACCUGAAGCUGUGUUAGUGGAGCACAGUCCUGGGAAAUGGAGACUUUAUACAGUCUUUUUGGCUUUGAAUGGUUAGACACCAGGGGUGUUUUAAUAUUUUUCUUUGUGUUUUUGUUGCUAAGCGAUAUUUUGAAGAACAGAAAACCAAAAAACUUUCCUCCUGGACCGCAGGCUCUUCCUUUUAUUGGACAUCUUCAUUACAUCAGCCCUGCUAGAAUUCACCUGCAGCUCACAGAGUUUGCAGAGAAAUAUGGAAAUGUUUUCAGUCUUCAUCUCUUUGGGGAAAAAGCUGUGAUCAUUAAUGGCUACAAACAUGUGAAAGAGGCACUUGUUGAUAAAGGAGAAGACUACAUGGAUCGCCCCACCAUUCCUUUGUUUUCUGAGAUUUUCAAAAAUAAAGGUAUUGUGAUGUCUACUGGUUACCCAUGGAAAGUACAGAGAAGGUUUGCUAUUCAUACAUUGAGGAACUUUGGUCUGGGAAAGAAGACUAUGGAGCGAUACAUCCAGCAGGAGUGCCAGUAUCUUACUGAAGCUUUUGCUGAUCAGCAAGGCGAUCCUUUUUCUGGUCAGGCACUGAUUAACAACGCUGUGUCCAACAUCAUCUGCUGUUUGGUGUUUGGGAAUCGGUUUGAGUACACUGACAAGCAGUACCAGAGUAUUCUACAGAACCUCAAUGAGAUUGUGCGCUUACAGGGAGGUUUGUGGGUGCAGAUAUACAACAUGAUUCCCUCUGUGAUGAAGUGGCUGCCUGGACCUCAUAAGAAAAUAUUCAUCCUCCUAAAAAACACAACUGACUUUAUAGAAAUCCGGAUCAAAGAACACAAAGAGAACCUUGACCCCUCAUCUCCAAGAGACUACAUCGACUCCUUCCUGAUAGAAAUGGGAGAUAAAGAAGACACCGAUUCUGGUUUUGAUCUCUUCAACUUGUCAUGUUGCACUCUGGAUCUUUUUGCUGCUGGAAGUGAAACCACCACCACUACUUUGCACUGGGGGCUGUUGUACAUGAUUUACUAUCCUGACAUACAAGAGCGUGUCCAGGCUGAGAUAGAUGUUGUGAUUGGUCCAUCCAGACAACCUGCUGUGGCUGACAGAGAAAACAUGCCCUACACUGAUGCUGUUAUCCACGAGAUACAAAGAAUGGGAAACAUCCUUCCUCUAAAUCUGGCUCAUAUGACGACCAAAGACACUACCCUGGAUAAAUACUCAAUUCCAAAGGGGACCCUGAUCAUUGCCACACUUCACUCUGUCCUCCAUGAUGAGUUGAUGUGGGAGACUCCUCACUCCUUCAACCCCCAGCACUUUCUGGACCAGGAUGGUAAAUUUAGAAAGAGAGAUGCCUUCAUGCCUUUUUCUGCAGGUAAACGUGUGUGUCUUGGAGAGCAGCUGGCAAGGAUGGAGUUAUUCCUUUUCUUCACGUCCCUACUUCAGAGGUUUAAGUUCUCACCUCCUCCAGGAGAGCAGCCCAGUCUGGGGUACAAACUGGGAGCCACUCAUUGUCCUAAACCUUACCGCCUUUGUGCCGUACCACGAUAAACCAAAAGACUGUCGACAGCGCCCCACAGCCACUGUAUCUAAAAUUGAAGAUCCCUGUGGCAGCUGUGUGUGAUAUCUUACAGCAGUUAAGAUAUCAAAACUUUAAUCUGAUACUUUGGUUUAAGUCAGAGUAUAAAUGCACAAAAUCAAAUGGUGGCAAAGACUUUUCAAAUAAAUUGUGUAGAAAUAUAGAUGUGUAAAUCUAUGAUGCUUGAAAUAAACAGUGUAAAUUAUAUGGAAGCAAAUGUGUCCCAAUAUUCAAAUUAAAAUGUACUAAUAAAAUGCUUUUUCAUUUUCAAAAUGAAGCUGCAUUUUUUGACUCAUAAAUACAAUUAAAAAUAAAUCAUUCAAACUGCAUUUUCAUUUUCUUCUCCAAGACUGCUCAAUUUGGGAAAUAAUGAAAGCGAUAAAUAACGUUUAACAUUUCAUUUUCAAAAGAUGUCUCAGCAAAAAGUGACCAAAAUUAAUUUUGGUUCAAAUGUCAAAUUUGAAAAUUAAAAUGUAUUAAUUUUAAAGCCAUAGCUGCAUUUUUGGUCUCAUAAAUAAAAUUACUAAUAGAUCUUUCAAA